UCACGUUCAUCUAAUCCAUUUCUGUUCCACUUCCGCAUCCACCUUGCUCCUCCCUCUGAUACACACGGAUAUGGCGCUCACUACGCUUUCAUCGCUACCAGUCAAAUCCCUAAAAAGCCCACUUUCUCAUGGCUCCUUCAAUCAUCUAAACUCAAAUCCUCCCUCAAAAUCCAUAAUAUGUCAACUGAAUCCACAAAAUGCGACUUGUACCAAAGAUAAUAUAGAUAAAGUACAGCCGAAGAGAUGGAAAGCUCUGGUUUCGACUGCAUUGGCAGCUGCGGUCAUUACGUUUAGCUCUGAUUUCUCUGCUUUGGCUGAUCUCAACAAGUUUGAAGCAGAUGUAAGAGGUGAAUUCGGAAUCGGAUCAGCUGCUCAAUUCGGUUCUGCUGACCUCAAGAAGACAGUUCAUGUGAACGAGAACUUCAGGAGAGCAAACUUCACAUCUGCUGAUAUGAGAGAAUCAGAUUUCAGUGGUUCAACAUUCAAUGGUGCAUAUAUGGAGAAAGCCGUAGCCUACAAAGCAAAUUUCACAGGAGCAGAUCUAAGUGACACAUUAAUGGAUCGUAUGGUCUUAAAUGAAGCUAAUCUCACAAAUGCCAUUCUUGUAAGAACAGUUCUCACACGCAGUGAUCUUGGACGUGCUGUUAUUGAAGGUGCUGACUUUAGUGAUGCUGUUUUGGAUCUUCCCCAAAAACUGGCUCUUUGCAAGUAUGCAAGUGGAACAAAUCCUGUAACAGGAGUUAGCACUAGAACAAGCUUAGGAUGUGGAAACAGUAGACGAAAUGCUUAUGGAAGUCCAUCUUCUCCAUUGUUAAGUGCUCCACCACAGAAGCUUCUAGAUCGUGAUGGAUUCUGUGAUGAUGGAACUGGACUCUGUGAUGUAAAGUAGUUAUAUGACCCCAACAAAGCAACAUGUAUUCGAAGUCAUUCAUAUGACAUAACAUAAUACAUCUGGUAAAUUCUUAAACGUCAAGAAAUUAUUCGGUAUAGCUAUAUGUAGACGUUUUUGAAUGAGAAUUUAACUAUAAUAAAUGCAAGAAAUAUAUUAUCAUUAAA